AGCUAACAAUCAACAACGAGCAAGAACGGUCAUUAGGUAGGAAAAUAUAUUUGUUCGAAAUCAGCAUUAAAUUUAAUACGAUAUUACAACUAUCUCGAAGACUAGGUUAUAUUGUAAAACAUCCAUUGUGUGUCCGCUUGAUUAAUCUUCACGACAUCGAAGAAGAUAUUCGGUUCCCAAUUGGCUCUUUCGUCAAAUCGCCUUUUACAUUCGUGGGUAUAAAAAGAAAGCAUAUAUCAGGCCGAGUAAGCAAAUCUGGUUUUUAUUUUUCCUAAACGACUUUUUUCAAUCGAAUGAGAAAGAUAUAUAAGAUAUUCAAAAAAAGGAUAAUAGGGUUAGGAGAGCAGUAACGAAGUAAAAUUUAUUUACAUAUCUUUUUAAAAGCUCUGUUCUCGUUAGUACAACAAAAGGAAGAUUUUAAAGAGUUUUCUAGUAUUUAUCAAACGCGUAAUAUUUUAAAAUUACGAAAUAAGAAAGUUAAUCGUGAAGAAGAAAGUGAGAUGACGUGCCUAUGGGUAACAAUACGUAUACCUUCCCCAUUGUGAUCCUAAUAUGGAGGAAAACUAAAAGCGAGUCAAAUUGUUUAGUCGACUAGAUAUUCUUAAGGUUAGUUGGACUGAGCCGUGUAAAAUAGAGUGUCCAUGACCUGAUCCAUAAUAGAAAAAGCUACUUGAUAAAAAAUUAAAAAAGGUCGGGGGCUGUAACUGGAUGGACGCACAUACCAUAGCUAAGUUAAGCUAAUUAGUUCGAUACUAAUCGUGGGGUUUUAAUUUCUAUCCAGUGGACACUCCACGGAUGAUUACGCGGAAGAAAUACACGUGCCAAAACUCUUAUGAAGUCACACGGACAGACGAAACUUACCGGCUGACCUUAUGCUCUCCAUUGGCACAUGAUUUUAUAUAAGACGUGCCAAUGAGUGUCUUAGUCCUUCCUUGUUCCUUCCAAAUUAUUCCUAAAGAAUAACAAGCGAUCCAUUUUUAUAAAUUGAGAAAAAAUAUCGUAAAUUGAUAUUCUGAAUAUUAAUUCUCACUUUGUUCGCAUUAUAAAAAUCUUCACAUCGAAAAUUCUAUAAAAAUUUGUAAUUUGGACGUGUAGUAUGAAGCCAGAUGUUAGAAAUUUCAAUUUUUCCUACAUACAUAUGGUUAAUGUAUGGGAAAAAUUUCGUGUUUAGUUGAAAUCCUUUGUAGUGUGAAAUUUUUUGCAACGUAACUUUUUUAUUUCAAAAGAUAAGGAAUGUUAAGGUAGUAAUAAUUUUGUUCGAGCAUACAUAUCAGUUACCCCAAAAAUUGAAGCCAUUUCUUCUGAAUAUCGGAAACGUAACAUAUAACACUCGAUAGAAACGCAUCGAAGACAGGGAUGUUUUCAGAACCGCAAGUUAAGCGCAUGUGCACAUAUUAAACCUUUCACUGACAGUCGUCUGUUGUCUGGCGGUUGGGUGGUUUCUUUUCUUUUUUCGUAGCAAACAAUCAAUCAUUUAUAUUAUUUACAUAAAAGUAGCGAACUCUUUUAUACCCUCCGUCAGGGUGUAAGAAUUAUAUAAACUUUUAUCAACUCCUUUAGUCGUACCCAAAACUAAACAUGACAAACUAGAUUAAGCCUACGUAUUCCCAGAACUUAGUUUAACUGUAUGCCAGGCUUUUUAACAAAUCCUUUAUGUGCAAUUAAACUUCAUGUAGACAUUUUGAAAGCGGAUAGGAUUUUCCCUCAAUAAUAAUCAAAUGGAAAUAACUGAAAUCUUUCACUAAUAAUACAAAGUGAAUUUGUUUUGGAAAUUUAGCUCAAGCAUUGAUUAAACCUCAAGUAUUUAAAGCAUUUUGGUUUUGACUCAUAGAGAAAGAAAACAUUGACAGAUUCAAUGUGUGGAAUUUUUUAAGGGCAGGCGGCGUUUCAAAUUUCACGCGGUUAUAUUAAAUGAAAAUUAAAUAUUAUAUAUAGCUGCAGGAUGCCGUAAAACAAUGAUGCAUAUACACAAGUUAAACGCAAUGAGUGUAGCUAGAGCGUACAGAUAAUUAUUGACAAAAAAUGAUAAAGAAUUUCUUAAAUAAACCCUAAAAUUACUGGAAAAACUUAGUUUGAAUACUAAUUUCCAUUACGACCCCUUUAUACUAAAAUUUUAAUCAUCUCCAUCUUUAACGUUUCAUACUUUCGUGUUUCGAAUUUUUUAUUGGCUGGUAUACAAACUGAAAAUAUACAUUUUUAUUAAUUAGAAAUCUAAUUUUGUGUUUAACUUAACCUAAAUAAUUUAUAUUUCAUUCAGUAUUGGCAGCUCUACAUAAGUGCUACUUCAGUGUACAACCCUGUAUUAAAUGCUUGUACCGUUAACCGAAGAACGUCAUUAAGCCAUUUCUUUUACAGAAAAACGCGAUGGAUUGUUGAAGGAUACUUAUUCGGCAAAUUUGCAAUUUAUAAGGAAAUAUUGUUUGCAUUAGUAGUCUUAAAAAUUUACAUUAAUUCCAGGUGCGACGUUUUAAAAUUUUGCAAAAAGGGAAAUACUAAGGCGAAUCUACUUGAUACAAUCAAUGUAUCUCUAUUCUGACCAUCUUUAAAAAAAAAACCUUGCCAUCUAAGCAAGCGGUCAUUUCGAAUGAAUUUGUGAAAAAUUUAAGCAAGAAAGCAAAUCACUUGCCGAAAGUUUUCGAGGUCUUUAUAUCAAAUACAAUUUUUCGUUACGAUUCAACAACAAACCGAUGUCUACGUUAAAUGUAAAUAAUCCGCUUACUCAGUCAAUCAGCGCUAGCGAUCCAAUAUCGUCGACGGAACAGCGGAAAUCGGUAAAAUUUUCUUCAGAAUUUUGUAGUCGAGUAACACAAAGUCGCGGUGAGGAAAAAAUGAAUAAUAUUAAAGGUCGACUAAGGUCGAGAAUCGCCAGUGACUCAAAAGAAAUGUCGCCCGUAGCCACAAGAACAAGAACAAGGACGUCUUGCAAUGAAAUAAAUCUUAGAAGUCGUAAAGUUUCUGUCAUAAAGCCAAAGUGUGCGCCUUCUGAAAGAAACGACAAAUUCGAUAAUGACAUAAAUUCUUGUUCGUCAAAUGCGAAGGAAGGCAACUCUAAUAAGCGUCAAUCUCGCGUCAGGAAAAGACAAAUGGGUUUGAGCACUUCGCUACUGCCCAAAAAAACGGCCGCCAGCAAAUCCAAAUCUGUGGCAAACGAAAAAGACGAAUUGAUUUGCAAUAAAAAUGCUAAGAAAGCAACGUUUUUUUUGCAAACUGAAGCAGCGAACGACACUAUUCUUGCUCAAGCACCUUCUGGUUCGAAAUGUCAGAAGGAUCAACAAGAAAAGCAACGACAAUCAUCGGUAGGUUCAACGUUAUUGACGGUGAACAUUGACUCGCAAACGCAUAAUGAAGGAGCGUUUGCUUUCAUGAGAGAACAGUUGAGUUUCUUAAAAUCGGAACAAUUUGACUUUUUGUAUAACAACUGUAAAGUUCGAAACAUUGCGGACAUCAUGAAUUUAACCUUAAAUCAAUUGCAUGCGAUGGGCAUCUGCGAACCGGAGUUAUUGCAACUUACACAGAUGUCGUUCAAAAUGAAAACAACUAGUGAGAACGUUAAUGUCAAUAAUAAUGGAAUGAGUAUUUGUAAAAAUCGGAAUAAAUUGGAAUUAAUAAAAGCUGAUGACAAUCUGGUGCAUUCCAAUAAUGCUUGCGAUAAUGGUAGUGAUUCACAAACAUUGUUGACUGAUGAAAAGAAAUGUGAAUCCUUUUAUAGGGGAACUAUUAGUAUGCAGAAUUGCGAAAAACUCUGCCCCGGAAUCUCUGGAGCGUCGUUGACACCGGCAGAUGCUCUUCGUAUACGGUAUGAGGCUGCAAAGCAUACCGACCAAAUUGUCGAAAGUAUUAAACAAAAUUUGCAAAAAUUAAAAACAACUAACAUAGAUCCAAAAGAGAAAGAAGCCCAGUUAUUAGAAAUGUAUAAUGAACUAAAACAGUAUGACGAGCAGCUAUUACGAAGGCAACAAGAAAUGAACAUAAUGGAGUUAAGUGAAACGUCUUAUAUUUGGAAAAAAAAUUUAAAAAAAACGGAAGCAGAAGCUGUAGGCGGCCACGAGAUGACUGCCACGCAAGAGGAACACUUAUUGAUAAGACAGCAACAAAAGAUCAUUAGCGAGAGUAGAGAGUUGCCUGGUAACUCAAAGCUGAAUUUAUUGGAAGACGUUUGCAAUGAAGUUCAGGUAGAGCCUGCAUUUGCAUAUGCGUCUGUAGAUGGCUGUGUAGAACAUUUAGAAGAAAUUGUUGAGCAAGGCGAGGGACAAAAAGAGCAACAAAUUGACAUGAAGAAGGCAGGAAGAGGAUCGUCUGGUAAGUCAAAGACUAAUGUAAUAGAAGUUUUACGCCAAACUGCAAACGACAGUUCAGAGAAUUCAAGAGAAUCGAUGCGUACGGUGUGGAAAUAUAUCGAUGAGGUGCACAAAUUAAAUGAAAACUCCUUGCUUGAAAAUACCGAAGCUGAUUUUUCCACCGAGGUAUUCGCGAAAGUUUUUAGGGAAGAAGGGAAUAGAGAGUUAACUGCAAUAGUAGUUAAAUAUAAUAGAUCGUCGCCUUGCGAAAAGAUUACUUCUUCUGAUGAUAUCGCGGAGGAAGCUUCAAAUUCAAAGAAAUUUGAUAAAAAAUCAACUAAAAUUAUUGAAGAACCAUUGGUAACGACAACCAUUCAAAUUCCGCAUCGUAUAAAAUUACCAAAAGCGGAGGAUAUUCAACAAAGUCAGCGCCUGAAAAGGAAUGAUAACAAUGAACGCGCAAUUAAUAGCAAAAUCAAUAAUGAAAUCGUUUCGGAAAAUGCAAAUGCAAUAACCACAACAAUGUCGAAUAGUGGUGAUGAAGGAAAACCAAAAAGCAAAGAUGCAACAGAAGCUCAAGCUUCAUCAAAUCGAUUUAGGAAAAAGCUUAGGAUCAAAUUGACGCGAGCUAAAAACUUGAGAAAGAAACAGAAUUGGCGUGAAGACAAUAAAUCAGGAAAUCAAUCAGUCUCCGAGUUUUCUUUGUCAAGCGACACUGAUUUUACAUCGACAUCCUUGCAAGGUAAUUCAAAUAUUGAGAAUGCUCUAUUAGCAGAUGAGCAAGUAAGUUCGACGGAAUUCUCAAAGAUAAAUAUUAUUAAAAAACCUCGAUCGAAAUUUGUACAAGGAAUCGAUAUUGAUCCUACAUCAAGAACCUCGCAUGAUGAAAAAGUUGUGAAAGAAGAUGAACAAAUAAGUUCUGCGAAACGUCCGAAGUUACAGGUAAUUGAAAAACACCUUACGAACUUGGAGAAAAUAAGCAAUAUUGAUUCUUCAUCGAGCCGCAUGGUUGAUAAUUUAAAUAUUGAAGAUGUUCUGAAGAAAGGCAAACAAGUGAGUUUACAAAUUCUUAACAAAUCUGUUUCGAAAUUCGCGCAACUAAGCGAUAUUGAUCCUGUGCUAAGCGCCAAGCAUAAUAAUUUAAUCGAUAAGCGAUCUGUAAGUAAAGAUGAUCAAGAAAAUGCGAUUGAUUCGUCAAAAUUAAGGAUCACUGAAAAAAAAAUUUCAAAAAUAUCUCCUACGAAACGUUCAGUUAGUUCCCCCUCUACGGCACUUUACGAUAAGGCGAAAAACUUUAGAAAAACUAAAACUAGCACUAGAAUUAGAAAACGACUUACAUUUUGUGCCGCAAAACCAAACACUUCAGGUAAGCUGUAUGAGAAAGUAACAACAACGGAUAGUAAGAGCAGAAAAUUAAUGUUAGAACCGGUUGUAGACGAAGCUGCUGCUCACAAUAAUGACAAUAAAGAAAGAGAUUUGUUAGCGACAAGUUUGGAAUAUUUGUCAAAACCUUCGCUUAAGGAUUCCCGAAAACGUAAUAACUCGAUAAGCUUGGAUGAAUUGCAUAAGCAAGAAAACGAGCUUGUGCGAAGCGUAGAGGAGCUUGAAAUUGCAACAAAAAACCCAAUUUCUGUGAAAGAAAAGCCAUCAUGUACAAAUCUUAUAGAGAGAAUAACAUACGAACGAUCAAACGAUUUGCGUGAAUUUCUUAAGAAUAAAAAAGAUAAAGUAAUUAUGAAACAAUUGACAAUGGAAGCUACGAAUUCUAUUGGCGUUGAUAAUGAAAGAAGAGUAACAACGUCUACAAGCGAGCAGCAAAAACUCGAAGGAGCAAUAUGCCAACAAAUAGAUUCGGAAAAAUAUCAAAAUCGUUGUUAUAAGCAAAAAACGACGAACGAAACUAAAAUAAAAAGAGUCGAAGCAAUGUCAGCGAAUGUUGAACAACAAACAAAUGAUAAUGAUUUUGUUACAGAACUGGAGUCCAAUGAUAGAGGCAAUAUUAAAGAUGAAGAUCUCAAAUAUAAAUAUAAAACACGUUCUGAAUUAUGUAAUGAAUUAACUGAGUUUACGAUUAAAGCUGAAACCAAUAUCGAAAAUAAUCCCACUGUCAAUACAAUGUCAAUUGCCUCACCAACGCCUAUGGAUGAUACCAUAGCUAGUCCUUCACCGCCCCGCCUAGAGGAACCUAAGAAUUAUUAUCAUUUCAAUCAAAAUAAUGGUCUUUUAAAAUCUUCAUCAACCCAAUACACACUGUAUGAAGUUGAUAUCCCAAAAAUGGCAGUUAACAAGCCAAACAAUUUUGACAAACUUGUAAAAACAUGUUCUUUGGAUCCCAGAGUCUUUAGAAGCCCGAUAAUAUCGAAACAGAAGUCUACACCUACGCCUACGAGUUUGGCUUUCCCUUCUGAUCGUAGAAGCCGUUUACCUGCAACCAAUAAUUUUUCAAUUAAACAUGAACUAUAUGGACAACAGAAAAUUUAUCAAUAUCAACAACAGCAGCAAAAUCCAAAUAUGCUAUUAUUUGGUUACUUGCAACGUUCACCUUGGUAUCAAAAUUUAAUGUCUGCUAUGAAAAUACAGAUAAAUCAAUCGAUUUCACAACUUGUACGAGCUCUAAAUAACUUUUACCGUGAACGUGUACUAUAUCCGGACCUGGUAUUUGAUAUCUUUAAAAUGGAUUGUGCUGGCACACUUAUCGAGAUAAUGCAGAAUUUGGGUAUUUAUGUCGAUGCAUAUGGCUUUAUAAGUGAACAACGUCUAGGGUGUGAUAUGCUCACUCGUUGCUAUCUCAAUCCGGUGGCGCCUGCCAAUGCUACGUACGGUUUCAAUGAAGAAAUAUCGCCACCCACCAGACAAUGUGCAACUGUCACUACGCCGUCGUGCAUAGUGCCAGGUGCCCGUCAUAAUUCAUUCUCAGAUUCGCGCAUAGAAACACAACCAUCAUCUUCACAAGCUCAUAAGCAUAACGAACAAUAUCAGUCAUCAUCGAACCGACACGAUGACGCUAACAAUAAUAAUAGAAACCGUUCGCAUUAUCGAACCGACAGAUGUUUUCAUAAUAAUAAUCAACAUUCAAUAGAAUCGCAACAUCGUCGGGGCCAUAAACGUUCAUCUCUAUCGCCUCUAGAUUUACCUGACCGCUCAAGGGGUUCAAAGAGUUUUGUAGCUACGCGUCGUUCCUCUACGUCGCCAUCCAAGUCUCCUUCUCCACGCUCAUAUAAAUCAUGUAAAUCUUCGCAUACUUCAGUCGGCCAAUCUUACAGUAAUUAUAGUAGGAAGUCAUCAUCACAAGUUAAACCACAGCAGGCUACUGCUGAUGAUGAAGAAGAAGAGUGUUGGGAUUAGAAUAAUGCUUGAAAAAACUUCAAAUCUUUUUGUUUUUUCUUUCUUGACAUUUCAUGUUUUCCCUACACUAUUGUUUUGAUUUCUUUUUUUCAUAAUAGUAAAUAGACUUUCUUUUCAAAUCGCUCGAAUAUA